AGCAGGGACCGCGGCCUUCGCUCGCCGCUCGCCCCGGCGGCUCCUGCCCGUCCGGGGGUGUGUCCGGCCAGGCCCGCUGCGGGCACGGCUCGGGCCGGCUGGUGGCCAUGGCCCCGGGAAAGGCCCCGGGCCGGCGGCGCAGCAGCGACUCGGGCGUGGAGCCGGACCGCGGGCCGCUGCUCCGGGACAGGGACCAGCUCACCGCGCUCUCCCAGAAGAAGAAGGAGCAGCGCAUCGCGCUCUUCCUCAGCGACUUCGACCAGCAGGCCAAGGAGCACAUCCAGGAGAUGAAGAAAGAGCUCGAUUCGCUUUUGCAGACAGCGGAGAAGGCGUUUGCGGUGGAGCUGCUGACGAUGCCGGCUGCCGUCAGGAAGAUGAAAAGGAAAGAGGUGCUCGAUUUGCAAGGACAGGAAGAAGUGGCUCUUGCUGCUGCAGUGAAUGACUGCUCUCUAGAAGACAUGCCAAAUCCCAAACUUGUGAAGACCAACAGCAAAAAAGUUAAGGUAACUACAAUUGUUGAAUAUGAAGAUUCCAAGCACAGUUCUGCAAAGAAAAUAACUAAAAAAAUUUCCAAAACCAGGUCGCUGGUUUCAUUGGCCUCUGGUUUAAGUGGCAAACUGAACUCUCUUUCUAGUGCCACAAAUCUCAAAGCCACUCCAAAGGGAGCUAAAAGUGUUGGAUUACAACAGACUGUCUCAAGAACUUUACCUGCCAGCGGAAGAGUUCAAGGCAUGUUAAAAAGAAGUAAAUCAGUACCCCAACAUAAAAGUGUUCCAUUUGUCAACAUUCCCCUGGCUGAUGGACAGACACUGUGUACAGCUGGGGGAGACCUCCGUAAUAUUGAUGUGCAGCUCCUAAAUCAGGAUACAGUACAGCACAUUCAUAACCUGGUGGUGCUGCUGGCAGGAGCCCAAAAUGAAGCAGAACUGCCCUACAGUGAUCAGCUCUUCCUCUACCUCUUCACUUCCGCUAUCUGAAAAGUUACCAUGAAUCCUUUCCUCUCUUCCCCUUCAAAAAAACCAAUCUGAAUGGGACUAAAGGUUGAGUAUUACUCUAUUUUGCUAUGACCUACAAGCAGAAGACAGGUGUUGUAAUUGUUUAAGCAGUGCAGGUUACACAAACUAACUCCUUGG